GUGCAUUAUAUUAUUACUAUGUACUAUUAUAUCACACAUGUCCAUUCUAAUAAACAUGUGUUGACAUAGCACUCGUGCUAUAAAAGCCUUGCCGCGCCUGUACUAACAACACUUUGCAUCCAGGCUUUAAAGGGUUGGACAAGAAUUAUGAUUAUAAAAAUCUUAUUAUUGGCGUGUGCUGUAGCCGUCACGCAGGCAGGUAUAGUGUCUCCUGUCGGUGUGUACGGCGCCCCAUACAGUUAUGGGGGUUGGAACCCGUAUAGCGCUUAUCCGGCGCAACCUGCGAUUGCCUCUCAGCAGUCCAAUAUAUUAAGGUCCCCCUUUAAUCUUGGCCAGGUUUCAACAUACUCAAAGGCAAUCGACACGCCGUUUUCAAGUGUACGCAAAUCGGAUAUACGUGUAAGCAAUCCUGGCUUUGCGGUUUCACCAGCCUAUGGUGGAAUAGCAGCUCCAUUGGUAUCGCACGUGGGUGUGGCGGCUCCUGUUGCGAAGGUAGCGACUGCGGGAGGUCUUCUCGGUGUGGCCUAUUCUGCAGCUCCUGCGGUAUCGCACAUGACAUAUACCAAUGGUCUCGGCCUCGCCUACGCUUGGUAAUCAAAUGAAGAGACACUACUUCUAGCGUCUAUUAUUACAUAAAAUAUUAUUGAUAUGAAUUGUUCCUCUACAUUUAUUACCUACUAGUUAUAACGUAAUUUAUUUGUUAUCUACAUGUGCUAUAAGUUUAGCUCAAUAAAAAUAUUUUUCAAUAUCUAU